UGUUACAACAGCACUGCGUGCAGUACACCAUGAAACUUCACUGGACUAUGCAAUAGGGAUUUCCGUCUCUGCAGUGAUUUGUCGCGCCCUGAGGGUACCGUUAUAUUUACCAAAAAACGUUUUAUACCAAAGUUUCAACCCCAUUUAUUUUUCCAAGAUGCCACGCUCGUUUCUUGUCAAGAAGCAUAUUAAUUCCUCUAAGAAGCCGAAUUAUAGCGAACUGGAAAGUCCAACAGUAUUUAUUUCUCCAUAUCUGUACAAAGGCCUUCCACUGCCUGUCAUCCCUCAACCGGAGAUACUUAGUUCAGUGGUGUACAACCCUAUCACAGUAUGGACUACAAGCAGUUUACCGUUAUCUCCGCUUUCAAGUGACCUUUCUCCCAUCUCUGGAUACCCCUCCUCGCUGUCUGACAUCUCAUCCAAAGACCACAGUGGAUCUGAGAGCCCCAGGAGCGAUGAAGACGAGCGGAUGCUAAACAAACUCACAGACCCUCAUGGAGUGGAAGCAGAUAAAUUCCAAUGUAGUUUGUGUAACAAGUCUUAUUCAACAUACCCUGGACUGCUGAAGCAUAAGCAACUGCACUGCGACGAUCAGACAAGGAAAUCGUUCAGUUGUAAAUAUUGCGAAAAGGAGUACGUUAGUCUUGGAGCCCUAAAAAUGCAUAUCAGAACUCACACUUUGCCAUGCGUCUGUAAAAUAUGUGGCAAAGCUUUUUCAAGACCGUGGUUGCUUCAGGGACACAUCAGAACCCACACUGGAGAGAAGCCAUUUUCCUGCCCCCAUUGCAGUAGGGCGUUUGCGGACAGGUCCAACCUGAGAGCUCACCUACAAACCCAUUCGGAUGUGAAAAAAUACCAGUGCAAGAACUGUUCCAAAACCUUCUCCAGAAUGUCUCUUCUGCACAAGCAUGAGGAAUCUGGUUGUUGUGUAGCACAUUGAGACUGCUGAGCUGGGGUACCGUGUCACCACCAGAGACCUCUACUACUUUCCAGUCCUCAACAACUAUUCAGGGGAUAUUACUGAGGCUUUGUCACCAAAUAUGCAAGACAAUCUUUUUCUGAUUUACUGACAAUCCAUUUCCUUUCAGCGUUAUACCUUGUCAUGUGCUUUUCAUUUUAAGCAGUAUUUUUUCUGCCAUUGCAAUCAGUGUUGAAAAGUAUGUUUGUUAUAACAAGAGCCUUCUGUCAUCUAUUAAUGUACUUUUGGGAAGUGGAGAUAUUUCUAAAUGUGCCCUCUCCAACAUUUAGGUGUUGACACCAAUCUCUCUCAGAGGAUAUGUUUCCACUCAUAACAUAAUCUUUUUCCUUUUUUAAGAAACCAUAUACUUAUUCCACUUGGUGUGUGGUAAUAAACAGUUGAGACAGACAGUGCACAGCCAAUGGAAUAUUAGAAGCCAUCAUAACUUUGGGAACACGUGCAAAGACUAUUUUUAGGCGAAAGUAUUACAAAUCUUGCACAAUCAUGACACAGUAACUGUUUUGCCAGCACUCAAGAUAGCAAUACUUUUAUCAAGUGCCUCACUUUGUCUAAGCAAUUAUGUAUUUUCUAAAAAAAAAAUGCAUUUAUAUUUUUACAUAUUUGAAUGUAUUGUGUGACUGACAUGAUUGUAUAUUUGACAGUAUGAUUUGUGAUACUGAAUGAACGAUUUUAAUGUUUUUAAGAUGCUUUUUAAAAUAAAGAUUAAUGAAA